AUGCCCCGCGUCGCCAAACCCCAACAUCGCCGCUCCACCGGCGGCGCAUCGACCCCUCAUAAGCACUCACCUAUGAAGAUCCCGCUCAAUGAUGACAUGGGCGAGAAGGCGGCCCGUAUGGAGGCCAGACAGGCGCGACAUGACCGCCAGAUGGAUCAGAUCAAGGCCGCCGUGAAGACCCCCAUGCCGCCUCGACGCUACACCGGUCAUGACUUCAAUAACAUGAGUCCCUCGACGCCCCGAGGCUCGGGACAUCGGGGCCGCGACAGCGAUGUCGAUGGACGUCGUCGGGCAGUCACCCCGAUGAAGCGCGUGCCCAUCUUGGCCAAUUUUGAAGAAUGGAUGAAGAUGGCGACUGACAACAAGAUCAAUGCCAAUAACUCCUGGAACUUCGCCUUGAUCGACUACUUCCACGACAUGUCUCUCCUCAAGGAAGGAGAUGGCGUGAACUUCCAAAAGGCCAGUUGCACCUUGGAUGGGUGCGUUAAAAUCUACACCAGCAGAGUCGACAGUGUGGCUACGGAGACGGGUAAGCUUCUGAGUGGUUUGGCGGAUAGCCGGGAUAAGAGAGCCCGCGAAGCUGGCGCAGACGGAGAGGAUGCUGAGGAUGACGAGGACGGUGAUGAGGGUGCGGCCAGGAAGGCGCGGAGAAAGGCACAGCGGACACAUGAAGCGACCCUCGCUCCCUCCUUCGCUUCGCUCCAGCUGAAGAAGUUUGAGCUGGAAUUCUCAGUCGAUCCCCUGUUCAAGAAAGCAUCAGCGGAUUUUGAUGAAGGCGGUGCUAAAGGCCUGCUCCUUAACCACCUGUCAAUCGAUAGCCAAGGGCGCAUCGUAUUUGACAGCAGUGACGAUGCCGCCGAUGAGACCUCCAAGGAUGCAGAGGAUGCUAACCAAGAGUCGGAAGAGUCAGAAGAACCCCAACAGCCAGGCUCACCAUCCGGUCCCAGCCAAUCGGCGGAUAAUGUUUUUGACGAUAACGCAAAAAUAGACAUAGCUCCGCUGGCGAGCAAAUUCUUUCCGGAUUUGGACCGCCUCGAGACCCAGGAUAUCUGCCCGUCACUCAAGAACUUCGACCUCGGAGAUCCAAGUGGCUCGUUAGAUAUACCCUUCCUGAAAGCCCCUGAAGACUGGCGGAACGACAAGGAGGAAAGUCAGCACCCCAACGAUGCAUCAGGCAUCAUGCUUGAUGAUGAUAAUGCUGUGGGAUUCGAUGAUGACGACGCUACGUUAGCCGGAUUUGACCUGGGUGGUGAUGCUGGUUUUGGUGACGGUGGUGAGGCGUGGGCACGUGAGGCUGCUCUUGAACCAAUGCUCAAGGUGCACCGCGUCGAUAGGGAAGGUGAUGAGAAUGCUGACGGCGAAGAGCUCGACAAUGAAGAUCCAUAUACUAUCUCCCUCAGCCACCAGCCGGAGAACCGAGACCAUGAGAACAUCCUCAGCUAUUUCGAUAACGCCUUGCAAAAGAAUUGGGCUGGCCCCGAGCACUGGAAGAUCCGGCGGAUUAAGGAGCAAACGGCCACAACCAAUGCCAGCCUGGCACCAAAGCAGCGCAAAGAGAAGGAGCCCUUCGAAAUCGAUUUUGGUGCUCCUCUGGAUCCUGCUAUUGCUGAGAUAAUAUACACUCCGGCCAGUUCUAACUCCACCAUAUCUCUGCCUAAGACACAGUGGAAGACUAAAGGACGCAACCUACUUCCGGAUGACAAGCACUUCAAUUCGCGCCAGCUACUUAGUCUGUUUUUGAAACCUAAGGCUAGGAUGGGCUCAAAGAAACUGGCAGGUCCUCGGCAAUUCACUCAGCGACGACAAGAUCAGACUUCAGGUAACGGCGAGAUGGACGAGGCAUUCUGGGCUAAUCACAAAGUGGAAGAUGCUGCAGCGUCUGAAGAAGGUGCUCAAGGUGCUUAUGACGCCAACUUCUUCGCAGAUGAUGAUGGGCUAGCAUUCCCCAACGGCUUCGGCUUGGAUGAUGACGACGACAACCUCCCCUUUGCGGAUGCCAGGGAAAUGCUGUCUCCUCCUGCCGACGGACCUCCAGGCACACACGCAGCCGAUGCCGGUGGUGCAACAGGUCUUAGUGCCCUUCUCAAUAUGAUGGGGUCGGGUCCUGGGGCCACGCAGAACAGUGGUGGGUUUGGCUCGCAGCUGGUAACUCAGGGCGCGCGUAGGGCACGACCUGACUACGUGGCAUAUGCACGAGUUGCCAAGAAGGUGGACGUUCGGCGACUGAAAGUGGAAAUGUGGAAGGGCAUGGGCGAGCGGCUAAUAUCAACUACACAUUUCGAGCCUGCUCCUCCGGUUGAAGACCCUACUAAAUCCUCCGAAGAAGUGGAAAAUCAUGAUGCUGAAAUUGAAACGCAGCCGGAGCCGAUGGAUACCAGCCCAGACCAUGGGCCUGAAGACGAGCAACAAGCAAACGAGAGCCUUCGAUUUACUCAGAUCAUGAAUUCAUUGAAGACAGUGUACCCCCGAGAUACACUACGCGACAUAAGCACCUCCUUCGGGUUUAUUUGUCUGCUUCACCUGGCCAAUGAGCAGGGCUUAGUUUUACGGAACGAUGAUGGCUCGGACGGCAUCGGUGCCGGCAAGCUGGAGGAGAUCUUUGUUUCAAAGGAUGCAAAUGCCGUCCUCGAAGAAGGAGCCAUAUAA